AUUAUCGCUCCUCUCCGGAAAGUUUUCAAUCGCUACCCGCACUCAAAUUCAAAAAACGUGAAUUAAGUGAUUUAUGGUCUAAAAUUGACCAUAAAUUCACUCAAAUUAGAGAAUCCGCAGAUUUACUCGAUCCACUCCUGUUGAGUUAGGAAACUCUAGACACGUUGCUAUGGCUCAAUUUCUACGUAACGAGAACAGUUUAAUGAAAAAGCCAGAGCUUAAAAUGGAAUAUGAUAACGUGCUACAAGAGUAUAUCGAUUUAGGUCAUAUGAAACCAAUUAAAUAUAACCCAAACACUCCUUCAAACACCCAUUAUUAUUUACCCCAUCACGCUGUUGUUAAACUUGAUCGUGUUACGACAAAAGUUCGAGUUGUAUUUAAUGCAUCUAGCAAAACCUCGAACAGCAACAGUCUUAAUGAUACCCUACACACUGGUCCUACCCUACAACAAGAUUUAGUUGUACUUAUCUUGAAAUGGCGCUUUUACAAGAUAGUUUAUAAUGCCGACAUUACAAAAAUGUACCGGCAAAUUAUGCUAAACCCUACCCACACACCCUUCCAACGGAUAUUAUUCCGUAAAAGCGUCAACGAACCCAUUCAAGAUUAUGAACUGCAAACAGUUACAUUUGGUGUUAACUGUGCGCCAUAUUUGGCUAUUAGAACCCUACACAAAUUAGCCGAUGACAUUCAAAAUACCCACCCUAUAGCUUCGCAAAUAUUGCGAAACAACAUGUAUGUUGAUGAUGUCUUAGCCGGAGGUCACACAAUUGAAGAAGCUCAAAAAGCUCAAACCCAAUUGAUCGCGGCUCUAGACUCUGCUGGUUUUCCUUUGAAGAAAAUGGAUUUCCAAUACAAAGGAAUUAUUACACAAUUUACCCGAAGAACAUCUACUAGAUGUUGA